AUGGAGGUGCUGGAGAGCGGGGAGCAGAGCGUCCUGCAGUGGGACCGCAAGCUGAGCGAGCUGUCAGAGCCUGGGGAAACCGAGGGUCUCAUGUACCACACGCACUUCUCAGAACUUCUGGAUGAGUUUUCCCAGAACGUCUUGGGUCAGCUCCUUAAUGACCCUUUCCUCUCCGAGAAGAGUGUGUCGAUGGAGGUGGAACCGUCCCCGACAUCCCCGGCGCCUCUCAUCCAGGCUGAGCACAGCUACUCCCUGUGUGAGGAGCCUCGGGCCCAGUCACCGUUCACCCACGUUGCCACCGGUGACAGCUUCAAUGACGAUGAAGUGGAAAGUGAGAAAUGGUAUCUGUCUACAGACUUUCCAUCCACAACCAUCAAGACAGAGCCGAUUACAGAGGAGCCGCCCCCGGGACUUGUUCCCUCUGUCACUCUGACCAUCACGGCCAUCUCCACCCCUUUUGAAAAGGAGGAACCCCUCCUGGAACCGAAUACUGGGGUUGAUUCCUCCUGCCAGACCAUUAUUCCUAAGAUUAAGCUGGAGCCUCAUGAAGUGGAUCAGUUCCUCAACUUCUCUCCUAAAGAAGCCUCCGUGGAACACCUGCACUUACCUCCCACGCCCCCCAGCAGCCACAGCAGUGACUCGGAGGGCAGCCUGAGCCCCAACCCCCGCCUGCACCCCUUCGGCCUGCCCCAGACCCACAGCCCCGCCAGAGCCGCGGCCCGGGCCCCCUCCGCCCUGUCCAGCUCUCCUCUCCUCACAGCGCCUCACAAACUUCAAGGAUCAGGCCCACUCGUCCUGACAGAAGAGGAGAAGAGGACCCUGAUCGCCGAGGGCUAUCCCAUCCCCACCAAAUUGCCUCUAACAAAAUCAGAGGAGAAGGCUCUGAAGAAAAUCCGGAGGAAAAUCAAGAACAAGAUUUCUGCCCAGGAAAGUAGGAGAAAGAAGAAAGAAUACAUGGACAGCUUGGAGAAAAAGGUGGAGUCUUGCUCCACUGAGAACUUGGAGCUUCGGAAGAAGGUGGAGGUUCUGGAGAACACCAACAGAACUCUCCUGCAGCAACUACAGAAGCUUCAGACGUUGGUGAUGGGCAAGGUUUCACGCACCUGCAAGUUGGCAGGCACGCAGACCGGCACGUGCCUCAUGGUGGUUGUGCUCUGCUUUGCUGUUGCAUUUGGGAGCUUCUUUCAGGGCUACGGACCCUAUCCGUCUGCCACCAAGAUGGCUCUGCCCAGCCAGCACUCCAUGCAGGAGCCCUAUACAGCCUCUGUUGUGAGAUCCAGGAACCUGCUCAUCUAUGAGGAACAUUCUCCCCUGGAGGAGCCGUCCGGCCCAGCCUCAGCUGGGGAACUUGGGCCUUGGGACAGAGGCUCCUCCCUGCUCAGGGCAUCAGGGUUGGAUCCCAGGCCUGAAGUGGAUCUUCCCCAUUUCAUUCUCUCAAAUGAGAGCAGCCUGGAGAAAUCUGUGCUAUUGGAGUUACAGCAGCACUUGGUCAGCACCAAACUGGAGGGGAACGAGACACUAAAAGUUGUAGAACUCGACAGAAGAGUGAACGCCACCUUCUGA